UUAAACUAGAGCCGGGCCAACUGCUCCGCCAGUCACUGGGCUCCUGUUAUUUUUCCCUGCCAAGGGGACUUUUCUGUCAGAGGCCAUUAGUCAGGGGAAGAGGCCCGAGGACUCUGUGUGAGGGACACAGAGUUUGAGGGAAGAGGGUGCGUCAGGGGAGCACACCCAGGAUCACCUGGUCUGGAACCCGAGGGGCCCUCACGACGGAUAAUUCUGCUGUGCCGCACUUUGGAAUUAUACUGUAGGAGGACUCAUUUCCCAGAUCUAGGAGUUUGUUCUGGAUAAAGACUUUAAGAUGGCGUCCAACGCAGAUCCUGCCAAGCCCGUUAUCAUGAAUGAAGAGGAGCUGAAGAGGAAGCAGAGGGAGAAGCUGAAGAAGCUACAGGCCACGGGGGGCAACCCUCGGCCCGCGAGGUCUCUCUUCCUCUUCACUUUGAAAAAUCCUUUCCGCAAGGCCUGCAUCAACAUCGUGGAGUGGAAAACCUUCGAGAUCAUCAUCCUAUUGACCAUCUUUGCGAAUUGCAUAGCCCUGGCGGUUUUCCUGCCCAUGCCCGAGGAGGACAGUAACAAUACCAACGCGAGCCUGGAGAGUUUGGAAUACAUCUUCCUGGUCAUCUUCACGCUGGAGUGCUUUCUGAAGAUAGUGGCGUACGGGUUGGUGUUCCACGAAGGCGCCUAUUUACGGAACUGUUGGAACAUAUUGGACUUUGUCAUCGUCUUCAUGGGUCUCUUCACCUUUGUUUUGGACACCUUCAAUAAGAUCUCCGACGUGCCGAUGGAGAAGGGUGGAGGCUUUGACAUGAAGGCGCUGAGGGCUUUCAGGGUGCUGCGACCACUCCGCCUCGUGUCUGGAGUGCCCAGUCUGCAGGUGGUGAUGAACUCCAUCCUCAAGGCGAUGCUGCCUCUGCUGCACAUCGCCCUGCUGGUCUUUCUGCUCGUCACCAUUUAUGCCAUCAUGGGCCUGGAGCUCUUCAAGUGCAAAAUGCACAAGACCUGCUAUUACACCGGCACAGACAUCUAUGCCACAGCGGAGGCUGAGCUGCCUGCGCCCUGUGCUCAGGCUGGUAAUGGACGCCGCUGCAUCAUCAACGGGUCAGAGUGCCGUCAAGGUUGGGAGGGUCCCAACAAUGGCAUCACGCACUUUGAUAACAUUGGCUUUGCCAUGCUGACUGUGUACCAGUGCAUCACCAUGGAGGGAUGGACCAAAGUGCUCUACUGGGUUAAUGAUGCCAUAGGGAACGAAUGGCCUUGGCUCUAUUUCGUUCCUCUUAUUCUGGUGGGCUCCUUCUUUGUGCUCAAUCUGGUCCUGGGCGUGCUCAGUGGGGAGUUUACCAAGGAGCGGGAGAAGGCCAGGUCGCGUGGCGAGUUCCAGAAGCUGCGAGAGCGCCAGCAGCUGGAUGAGGACCUCCACGGUUACAUGGAGUGGAUCACUCACGCUGAAGUCCUGGACGCCGACCGAGAAGGGAAAGGACUUCUACCGCUGACCAGUGGAGAUUCAGACACAGACAGCCUGUAUGACCUGGAAGGAAAGAGUCGCGUUAUCUACUACUACCGCUUGGCCCGUCGCUGGAAUCGCUUCUUCAGGAUGAAGUGCCUCGUGUAUGUGAAGACCAAGAGCUUUUACUGGGUGGUGAUGAUCCUCGUCUUCCUCAACACCCUGACUAUAGCAACGGAGCACCAUCACCAGUCGGACUCGCUUACAUCGCUGCAGGACGUUGCCAGUCGUGUGCUCCUGGUGCUCUUCGUCCUUGAGAUGCUUGUGAAGAUCUACGCUCUGGGACCCAGAGCGUAUUUCAUGUCUCUCUUCAACCGCUUCGACUUCUUCGUGGUGCUGUGUGGCAUCCUGGAGAUGAUCAUGCUGUCUGCAGGCGCCGUGGCCCCCCUGGGCUUCUCCGUGCUCAGGUGUAUCCGGCUGCUGAGGAUUCUCAAAGUCACAAAGUACUGGACCUCUCUGAGCAACCUCGUGGCCUCUCUGCUCAACUCCGUCCGCUCCAUCGCGUCCCUGCUCCUUCUUCUCUUCCUCUUCAUCGUCAUCUUCUCGCUCCUCGGCAUGCAAGUGUUUGGGGGUAAAUUUAACUUUGUAGACCACAGACCGAGGCGCAGCAACUUUGACAACUUCCCUCAGGCGCUCAUCAGCGUGUUUCAGGUCCUGACAGGGGAGGAGUGGACCAACAUCAUGUACAACGGCAUCAUGGCCCAUGGAGGGCCUGUCAUCCCUGGCAUCCUCGUCGCCAUCUACUUCAUUGUCCUCUUUGUUUGUGGAAACUACAUCCUUCUCAACGUCUUCUUGGCCAUCGCCGUCGACAACCUGGCAGAAGCUGAGAGUCUGACCUCAGCUCAGAAAGAAAAGGCAGAGGAGAAGAUGAGGAAGAAGCUACUAAGGUCCAAAAUGCCCGAUAAGACUGACGAGGAGCGGGAGAGGAUAUCCAAGAAGCUGGCAGAGCAGAGGGCCAAGCUGGAGGGCAUGCCCACCACAGCCAAGCUGAAAGUUGAUGAGUUCGAGUCCAAUGUCAACGAAGUGAAGGAUCCGUUCCCGCCUGCCGACUUCCCAGGUGAUGACGAGGAGGAAGAGCCUGAAAUCCCUCUCAGCCCUCGGCCCCGACCAAUGGCCGACCUGCAGCUGAAGGAGGAGGCCGUUCCACUGCCUGAAGCCAGUUCCUUUUUCAUUUUUGGUCCCCAGAACAAGUUCCGUAAGCUGUGCUACAAGAUCAUCAAUGCCUCUUCGUUCACCAACCUAAUCCUGCUGUUCAUCCUGCUCUCCUCCAUCUCCCUGGCAGCUGAGGACCCCAUCGAUCCCAAGUCCUACAGAAACAUGAUCUUAGCCUAUGCCGAUAUUGUCUUUACAACUGUGUUCACAAUUGAGAUUGUGCUCAAGAUGACAGUCUACGGAGCUUUCAUGCAUAAAGGCUCCUUCUGCCGUAACUCCUUCAACAUUCUGGAUCUGAUUGUGGUUGGAGUCUCACUGCUGUCAAUGGGAAUGGAGUCCAGUGCCAUCUCUGUGGUGAAGAUCCUCAGGGUGCUGAGGGUGCUGAGGCCUCUCAGAGCCAUUAACAGAGCUAAAGGCUUGAAGCACGUGGUGCAGUGCGUGUUUGUGGCCAUCAAAACCAUCGGCAACAUCGUUCUGGUCACCAUGCUGCUGAAUUUCAUGUUUGCCUGCAUUGGAGUGCAGCUCUUCAAGGGUAAAUUCUACAGCUGCACAGACCCCUCCAAAGUGAUAGAGGAGGAAUGCCGGGGAUCCUUCCUGAAGCACAUGGAGAACUCCCUAGAGGACACAGUGGUGGCUAACAGAGAGUGGCUCAACAGUGACUUCAACUUUGACAAUGUGCUCAAUGGCAUGCUGGCGCUCUUCACUGUGUCUACAUUCGAGGGCUGGCCGAAACUGCUGUACCGAGCCAUCGAUUCAGACGUGGAGGACAUGGGUCCUGUCUUUAAUAACCGCGUGGAGGUGUCCAUCUUCUUCAUCAUCUACAUCAUUCUCAUCGCCUUCUUCAUGAUGAACAUCUUCGUGGGCUUCGUCAUCGUCACCUUCCAGGAGCAAGGCGAGCAAGAGUAUAAGAACUGUGAGCUGGACAAGAACCAGCGUCAGUGUGUGCAGUACGCCCUGAAGGCUCGUCCUCUGAGGUGCUACAUCCCCAAAAACCCCUACCAGUACAGAGUCUGGUACAUCGUCACCUCCUGCUACUUCGAGUAUCUCAUGUUCUUCCUCAUUAUGCUCAACACCCUGUGUUUGGGAAUGCAGCACUGUAACCAGUCCGAACACGUGACCAAGCUGUCAGACAACCUGAACCUGAUCUUCACCGUGCUCUUCACCGUGGAGAUGAUCCUCAAACUCAUGGCAUUCAAAGCGCGGGGCUACUUUGGAGACCCCUGGAACGUAUUUGACUUCAUCAUCGUCAUCGGCAGCGUCGUUGACGUUAUCCUGAGUGAGGUCGAUAGUGCCCUGGCCGCCAGUGGAGGGCUGUACUGUCUCCAUGGCUGUACUGAGACGAACCUCAUGCAGGAGAUUGCGGCCUCUGAAAACGCUUCGGUUUCCAUCACAUUCUUCCGACUCUUCCGUGUCAUGCGUCUGGUCAAACUGCUGAACCGCUCGGAGGGCAUUCGUAACCUGCUGUGGACCUUCAUCAAGUCCUUUCAGGCUCUUCCUCAUGUGGCUCUGCUCAUCGUGAUGCUUUUCUUUAUUUAUGCUGUGAUUGGGAUGCAGAUCUUCGGGAAAGUAGCCUUAGUGGAUGGCACACAAAUCAACCGCAACAACAACUUCCAGACAUUCCCUCAGGCUGUUCUGAUGCUAUUCCGAUGUGCUACUGGAGAGGCCUGGCAGGAGGUCAUGAUGGCUUCGAUGUAUGGGAAGAAAUGUGACCCGAAGUCAGACUUCCUUCCAGGAGAGGAGUACACCUGCGGAUCCAACUUCGCUGUCUUCUACUUCCUCAGCUUUUACUGUCUCUGUGCUUUCCUGAUCCUCAACCUGUUUGUCGCCGUCAUCAUGGACAACUUCGACUACCUGACUCGUGACUGGUCUCUCCUCGGUCCACAUCACUUGGACGAGUUCAAGAAGAUCUGGGCUGAAUACGACCCUGAAGCCACGGGAAGAAUCAAACAUCUGGAUGUUGUGACGCUGCUCCGACGCAUUCAGCCUCCGCUGGGCUUUGGCAAGUUCUGUCCUCAUCGAGAGGCCUGCAAGCGUUUGGUUGGUAUGAACAUGCCUCUUAACAGCGAUGGCACCGUCACGUUCAACGCCACCCUUUUCGCUCUGGUCCGGACAGCGCUCAAGAUCAAAACAGAAGGUAACUUUGAGCAGGCCAACGAGGAGCUGAGAGCCAUUAUAAAGCAAAUCUGGAAACGCACCAGUAUGAAACUGCUGGACCAGGUCAUCCCCCCCAUAGGAGACGAUGAGGUGACUGUGGGCAAGUUCUACGCUACCUUCCUGCUCCAAGACCAUUUCCGCAAGUUUAUGAAACGGCAAGAGGAAUACUACGGCUACCGGCCCACGAAGAAGAGCGCCUCAGGCCCAGAGAUCCAGGCGGGUCUGAGGAGCAUAGAGGAAGAGGCAGCUCAGGAGAUGCACAGGGCCAUUUCAGGAGACCUUCAAAAUGAGGAAGAGAUGGACAGAGCGAUGGAGGAAGCUGGAGAGGAGCGCAUUUACCAGCGUACCCACGGUCUUUUUGGCAAUCGCGUGGACUCGUUCUCCUCGGAGCCCAGUAACGCUCAGGCCCCACAGAUGACCAACCAGCGGCCGCUCCAGUUCUCCGAGAGCCAGCCAGACUCCCCGCCUGACUCCUCCGCCUUGGUGCCCGCGACUGAGUUCUUCCCCACAAACACCAACAACAAUGCUUUUGCAGAAUUUUCAUUUGAAAGAGAAGGGAGUCCUGAAGAGUUUUACAAUCCCAGCGAGGAUGGAGAGCCAGAUUUCCAGCACUCUUGGAACUUCACAGUGAGAACGGACAGAACACAGUUCCCUUAUGAGCCAAACUAUGGCGACAGCGUGAGUCAGAGCUCCCAUACUGCCGCUGACCAGCUUGUCCAGGAGGCUCUAGUGAAGGGCGGCCUGGGUCCCCUGGCCAGAGACCCCAGCUUUGUCUCUGGGACUAAGAAGGAAAUGGCUGAUGCCAUGCACAUUCCCAUCUCUGAGAUGGAGGGCGUGGCUCGGGGAAUCCUCUGCGAACGCUCCGGCAGUGUCGCCUCUUCAAAGAAGAGACGUCCAGUUCCUGUCCCGCCUUCUGUCCCUGCUGCAGCAGCCCAGCCAGAUCCAGCAGUGAGGAGGAAGAGACGCCCAGUCCCCAUGGUUCCCUCCAAGCAGGGCCCGGCUGAUGCAGACUCCAAGGUUUAGAGGCGACUAUGUUUUUAUUUUAUUUCUUACAUUUGCAGGUGGCUUGAUCUCACCUCAUGUUACCAAGCGUGACGCCCCUGUGACAUUUCGUAUCUCUUGGCUCAUGGCCUAUAGGUAGGUUGGCUCAGGAUUAAUAAUUUACCAGUGUCUGAAAACCUAAAGCAACACAAUUCAUCUGAUGAAGAGCUAAUCUUCAGAUUGAUUAAUAAAACUCGAACUUGUCUCAGAGUAAACAGAUUGACGCACUUCUUUUCUUUCGGAGUGUUUUUUUUUUUUUGAGGUCAUCCAUUCCAUAGACUUAUGGGACAACCAUGUGAGUCAGAGGAGUGUCUUACUGAGGGAGGCGAGAAUGUCUGGAGUGACUCAGUGAAUGCAGGCGCGAGCUGCUGUCAUUAUUGUGCUGCAGUUCUUUUGGGAAAGAGCGGAAAAAGGGAGACACUAAGUUUGUGUGUGUCAGAGCACAGAACAGUUGAAAGUAUAUAUUGUUUAGUUCAAGCUAUGGGAUGUGGUACUAAUGGUGCCAGUUGUGUAUUUGUGAAGCAGUGUCCUCAGAUCUAUUAGGACCUGCUAUCUUUUAUUACUGCUCACAACUGACCUUGUUCAGUUAUGAUCCGGUUUUUGAAAUGGGCAUCUCUGUAUUUGGGAUACAGAGAUAUGUUUCACAUGUAAUUAUCAAUUACAUUUUAAGACGUACUGUAGCUCAACAGUGCGUGUGAUUUUCGCCCCUUAUGUCACUUUAAGUCGCUGUUAGCUACAGGUUUUUAGAUGGCUAACUGGUACAGAGGAUGUUUCUUCAACAUACCUGGAGUAUGAUGGAUUAUUAGGAACGUUUACUAAUUCACUUUAACUGCAGUGACAUAAUUUAUGGCACCUUUGUGCACGUUUUUUUUUUCUUUUCAUAUGUUAUGUUUAAUAUGUUUUGGAGAAACCAAUAGUUUGACAGAAGCUUCCAGCUCAAAUUCUGACAAUACUUCACUUCUGGAUCUAUGCCAUAAAGGUUGAUGUUACAGUGGUGGCAAAGAAAUAAAUGAUCUAAAUCAUUCA